AUGGUAAAUGUGUCUAUGGUCUUCGACAUCUAUGACUUUGUUCUCUUAGGUCUCGUGGAAUUGGAGAACCUGAGAUAUUUCUACUCUGUGGUCGCUCUUGUAUUAUAUCUCAGCACAGUGUUCUUGUCCACAUUAAUUGUGUAUGUUGUAUGGACAGAAGAAUCCCUCCAUGAACCUAUGUACGUCUUCAUAUGUAACCUGGUGGGGAACGUCAUGGUUGGCAGCUCAGCAUUCCUCCCCAAGCUGACCAUAGACUUGUUCUCCGGAUGUACCACCAUCUAUCUGUCAGUAUGUCUGACCCAAGCAUUCUUUAUUCAGAGCUUUGCUUUUGUAGAGAUACUAACUUUUACCAUCAUGGCCAUUGAUAGAUAUUUGGCUGUUGGUUUUCCAUUGAGAUACCACUCUCUGAUGACCAAUAAGAAGGCUCUACAGUCCUUGACUAUCAUCUGGUUGGUGGUCUUAAUUGGCAGAUUGGUGGGGGUCAUGUUGCUCUUCAGGUUAGCACUAUGUGGUAAUAGCAUACAAAAUGUGUACUGUGAAACAACGUCUCUUAUCCGGUUGGCUUGUGCCAGUACAGCCAUCAAUGACACUUGGGGGAUUACUUGGACUUUGCUGACAACCACAGUCUCCAUAAUCAGUGUAAUAUACUGCUACAUACGGACAUUUCUUGUCUGUGUGAAGAUCUCUAUGGCAGCCUCCCAGAAAGCCAUCCACACACUGGUGACCCACAUAAUCACAUACUCUACUUUCAUGGUAGCUACUUUAUUUGUCGGUUUCAGGUACAGGUUAAAUGGUGGUUACCUAUCUACGGAGACAAACACUGUAUUCUCAAUUGGCGGAAUGAUGGUCUCCAUUACCCUAAAUCCUCUGAUCUAUGGGAUACGGACAGAGGCUUUAAAGAAAAAGAUGAUUCAGACUUUAAAGGAAAUUAUUCAGAAGCAGGCAUUGGGUACAAAUAAGUAA